AUGUGGUUUGCCUUGGGAUUUUUGCCCUCCACAACUGCCGCUCCAUCCCAAAUAAAUAAUCGCCGAGCUCGAACGGACGUCAGCGUUGAGCGCCGUGACUUGUCAACUGCCACAAACCCUUAUGCUCCCGUUCAUGUUUCCUGUCCGCCCAACCGGCCUAGCAUUCGUGGCGCUGCAACACUCUCUCCGGAGGAAGUUUCCUGGCUGAAGACCCGACGUGAACAGUCUCUAUCGGGGCUGAAGGAAUUUUUCGGUCAUGUUGAGAUUGAUUGUUUCGACGCCUUGGAUUACCUCGACACAAGCGACUCUUCCAGCUUACCCAAUGUUGCAAUUGCUAUAUCCGGCGGUGGUAUGCGCGCAAUGUUGAAUGGUGCCGGUGCCCUCAAAGCGUUCGACAGUCGGACUGAAGGUACAGCGGCCGAGGGCCAGUUGGGCGGUCUACUUCAAUCCUCCACUUAUGUUGCUGCUCUCAGUGGAGGCUCCUGGUUGCUUUCCUCCGUAUUCAUGAACAACUUUACAACCAUUUCUGCCCUUCAGGACAGUUUCUGGGACUUUAGUUCAGCAUCUAUUCUUGAAGGACCUGCAACCAUGGAGCCUACCGACUUUUGGGGUAAUGUUACAGCUCAAGUGAAGGCCAAGAGGGCUGCUGGUUUUACUACUACUGACGCGGAUAUUUGGGGUCGGGCUGAAGGCUACUACUUCCUCAACGCUAGCCAUGGUGGCGUUGACAUCCAUUGGUCCUCGAUUGCGAAGACACCGUCCUUCCAACACGGAGACAUGCCACUGCCACUGGUGGUUGUCGACGGCCAGUCCUUCGCGGACGCCAACGACGAACCCGGUCAAGAUAAACCCAUCUACGAAGUCUCACCCUGGGAAUUCGGAACUUACGACGACAAUAUGUAUGGCUUCGCACCACUUGAGUACUUGGGCACCCGAUUCGUGAACGGCCAGGUGCCCGAAAAUGAGACCUGCGUGCGCGGCUUCGAUAGCGCUGGAUUUAUCACCGGAACGUCCAGCGACAUCUGGAACGAAAACGGCACAGGUAUUGCUGCUACCCUACGUGAUGCGAUUGCGGAGGUUUCAACCAAUACCACCGAGGGUGCUCUGGAAGUGGAGCUGCUGUCGUUCAUGCUCGAAGAAGUUGUCAGCGCCCUCAGCUCCAACAACACCGCCAUCAGUGGCCCCGCAGCCUAUGAACCAAACCCAUUUUACAAAUACAACGCGAACACCUCACCAUUUGCAGAGACCACAAGAUUGACGGUGGUCGAUGGUGGUGAAGACGAAGAGAACAUUCCCCUCAACCCACUGAUCCAGAGAAAGCGUGACGUGGAUGUCAUCUUCGCCAUCGAUUCCAACAACAAUAACGCCGGCUACAAAUGGCCCACUGGGGAGUCGCUUAUCGCCACUUAUGAGCGAACUCUUGCUGGUUACGCCAACGAUACUUCUUUCCCUUCUAUUCCCGAUGAAAAUACCUUUGUCAACUUGGGUCUUAUCAGCCACCCUACGUUCUUCGGUUGCAACAGCUCGAACAUGACUACACCUGCUCCGUUGAUUGUCUACUUGCCUAACCACCCCGUCACCUACAUGUCCAACACAACAACUACAGAUACCACUUUCAAUACCACAGCCCGUGACGCUAUGAUAACCAAUGGUUAUAAUGUUGCGACCCAGGCAAAUGGCACGCUGGAUAAUGAGUGGACUACUUGUGUGGGAUGCGCUGUCCUUAGUCGUUCGUUUGACAGGACCAAUACACCUGUGCCUGCUGCUUGCGACCGGUGCUUUCAGCGCUAUUGCUGGAACGGAACGCUCGAUACCAGUACUCCAGCGGUCUACGAUCCAUCGAUCAUUUUCCCAUCUGGCUUGUAA